ACGGGCAGGGGCUGGGGACCGAUCCCGAGCCGCAGGUUGGAAAAUAAGGAGCUGUCCCCCUGAGCGUCGCCCUGUAGAGCAGAUCGCGUGUGGUCGCUGGCGUGGGAGCCCCGGAGUUCAAGGGCUUGGGAGAGAGGAAGGAGACCUCUGAAACCUGACACCCAGCCCUCUCGCAGAGGAAACUUCGCAGGCUGGCCCACCAAGACUAUCACUAUGACCGAUGGGGACUAUGAUUAUCUGAUCAAACUCCUGGCCCUUGGAGAUUCGGGGGUGGGGAAGACGACAUUUCUUUAUCGAUACACAGACAAUAAAUUCAAUCCCAAGUUUAUCACAACAGUAGGAAUAGACUUUCGGGAAAAACGUGUGGUUUAUAAUACCCAGGGACCAAAUGGAUCAUCAGGGAAAGCCUUUAAAGUGCAUCUUCAGCUUUGGGACACUGCCGGCCAAGAGAGAUUCCGGAGCCUCACCACUGCAUUUUUCAGAGAUGCCAUGGGUUUCUUAUUAAUGUUUGACCUCACCAGUCAACAGAGCUUCUUAAAUGUCAGAAACUGGAUGAGCCAACUGCAAGCAAAUGCUUAUUGUGAAAAUCCAGAUAUAGUAUUAAUUGGCAACAAGGCAGACCUGCCAGACCAGAGGGAAGUCAAUGAAAGGCAAGCGCGGGACCUGGCUGACAAAUAUGGCAUGCCAUAUUUUGAAACGAGUGCCGCGACUGGCCAGAAUGUGGAGAAAGCUGUGGAAACCCUUCUGGACUUAAUCAUGAAGCGAAUGGAACAGUGUGUAGAGAAGACACAGGUCCCCGACACUGUCAAUGGUGGAGACUCUGGAAAGCUAGAUGGGGAAAAACCAGCAGAGAAGAAAUGCGGUUGCUAGACCCUACGUAGGAACUGAUCAUCCAAAACCCCACCCAAAUAUUACUUCCAAAAAACAGCGACAAACCACAAAAUUGUUGUAAGUAGACCAUGCAUAAUGGCAUGUUUUUCUUUUUCUUCCAGAAAAAUCUAUUUUGAGAAACCAGAAUAUCAACAGUGUUCAAAAGAAUUGACCAGUUGUCUCUGAGACGCCCUCCAAACAAGAUCAGAGAUUUCCUAAUGUGUCCUCAUGGUCAUGGAUGCUCAAUUUGUUGUUGUUGUUAUUGUUUUUUUUUUUUUAUGAAGAAGAUGAGUAUAUAAGAAAGUAUUCAAGAUGAUAUCAGUGAGUUUUAAAUCAGAACAAAAAUGACCAUGUCACAUGGGGAAAAGGAAUAGGCCACUAAAGGGAGAAUAUAGAAAGACAAUUUUUUUUUUUUUAAGAUUGGAUUUACUUCUUAUAUAGAGUUUGAUUUGUACUUUUAGUUUUGCAUUGGGGGAACAUAUUAGCUAAAACUGAGGAUACAAUCAAGAAUUCUAAAUGGAUCAUUAGUAAUGACAUUACUAUAUACACCCAAUAAGCUGUCCUAGGGUGACUCAAAUACUGGUAAGGUUAUGAGAUUGUGAAUCAGACUUCUGUUAAAAUGU